AUGGAGGCGUUGAGAAUCGCGUUGGCCACGGCGCCGGCGCUGGUCAGUGUUGAUUAUGACGAAGGUGCAGGUUUGUUUAUCCUUGCAUUUGAUGCCAGUAUCGACGGAUGGGGCGCCGUUCUGACGCAGUCAGAACAGAACUUGAAGCGUCGGCAUCCUGCCAGAGUGCAAGCACUGUUGAAGAGCCUCAAGAAGUUCAAACCCUGGUUGUAUGGUGUGGCUUUUUUAGUGAAGACAGAUUCGAUGACUCUCGCGGAUAAGCUGAAUCAACCGGCGACGGAUCCUCCAGGAGUUUUGGUGAGGCAGUGCUUGCAUGAAUUAGGCUCCUCGAUUUUCGAGGUUCGGCAGAUUCCAGGCGUUGAGAACGUUGUCGCAGAUGCGCCAGCAAGGAGGCCUGCAACUGAAGAAGAUAUUGCUGCGGCUGGAGACAUGCCGUGGGGCAGUCUUGAACUUGCCGUAGACAGGUGA